AUGACUUCGGAGAAUCCAGACCUCCAGCACUUCCUCUCUAUACCCUGGUGCGCCGCCCACCUCACACCCACCACCAUCUACGAGACCCCCGUCUGCCGCUUCCCCAAACUCUCGGGGGAGGACAACCUCUUCGCCACAGUCCUCAACGCACCAGGCGCCAUCAAGGCCUUCCUCUCCUUCCACGAAGCCCCUGCGCCAGACGCCCCGCCCCUCGUUGAGGAGAUUGACUUCUUCGUCACCCUUGGCACUGACGUUGCCAGUCACCCCUCCCUGUGCCAUGGCGGCCUCAUCGCCGCCCUCAUGGAUGAGGUCCUGGGUCUCACCAUGGGUAUGAACAAGUCGCGAGGCGCCUUGUCCACUCAGACGCACAUGACGGGGUACCUGAACAUCAAUUAUCUGAAACCUGUCCCGGUGCCGGCGACGUACCUUUGUCGGGCCAAGGUGCUGCGUAUCGAGGGAAGGAAAAGUUUCCUGGUAGGGACUGUAGAGGACGAGCAGGGCGCUGUUCUUGUCAAGGCAGAUUCCCUUUUUAUAGACGUAAAGGGAAAAUUAUGA